GGUACCGGGAGGCGGCCGCCGGGGGCGGUCAGCCCUACAAGAUGCGUCUCCAGCUCUUCUGCAUUUUGCUAGCCACCGCGGUCUCUGGAACUCGGGGCUGGGGCUACUAUGGCUGCGAUGAAGAGCUGGUGGGUCCCUUGUAUGCACGCUCCCUGGGUGCCUCCUCCUACUAUGGGCUCUUCACCACAGCCCGCUUUGCCAGGUUGCAUGGCAUCAGUGGAUGGUCACCCCGGAUUGGGGAUCCAAAUCCCUGGCUCCAGAUAGAUUUAAUGAAGAAGCACCGGAUCCGAGCUGUGGCCACACAAGGCUCCUUUAAUUCUUGGGACUGGGUCACACGUUACAUGCUACUCUAUGGCGACCGUGUAGACAGCUGGACUCCGUUCUACCAGCAAGGACACAACGCAGUACGCCAGAUGUGCACACUUGGGGAGCCUCCUCUAUUCUGGGGCCUGGGUGGGGCACUAGCCUGGAACCCGCGAGGCAAGAUCGGCCUGCGACUCGGUCUCUAUGGCUGCCCCUACAAGUCAGACAUACUCUACUUCGACGGCGACGAUGCCAUCUCCUACCGCUUCCCAAGAGGAGUCAGCCGAAGUCUGUGGGACGUAUUUGCUUUCAGUUUCAAGACGGAGGAGAAAGAUGGGCUACUACUGCACGCUGAGGGCGCCCAGGGCGACUACGUGACGCUUGAGCUGCAGGGGGCGCACCUGCUACUGCACAUGAGCCUGGGCAGCAGCCCCAUCCAGCCAAGGCCUGGUCACACCACGGUGAGCGCUGGCGGUGUCCUGAACGACCAGCACUGGCACUAUGUGCGAGUGGAUCGAUAUGGGCGAGAAGCAAAUCUCACCCUAGAUGGCUAUGUACAGCGCUUCGUGCUCAAUGGUGACUUUGAGAGGCUGAAUCUGGACACAGAGAUGUUCAUUGGGGGUCUGGUGGGUGCCGCGCAGAAGAAUCUAGCGUAUCGGCAUAACUUCCGUGGCUGCAUGGAAAACGUCAUCUUCAACCGGGUCAACAUCGCAGACUUGGCCGUUCGGCGUCAUUCCCGGAUCACUUUCGAGGGUAAGGUGGCAUUCCGUUGCCUGGAUCCAGUUCCGCACCCCAUUAACUUUGGAGGUCCUCACAACUUUGUCCAAGUGCCAGGUUUCCCGCGCCGAGGCCGCCUUGCAGUCUCCUUCCGCUUCCGCACCUGGGACCUCACAGGGCUGCUGCUUUUCUCCCGCCUGGGCGACGGACUGGGCCAUGUGGAGCUGAUGCUUAGCGAAGGGCAGGUCAACGUGUCCAUUGCACAGACCGGCCGCAAGAAACUUCAGUUUGCUGCUGGAUAUCACCUAAAUGAUGGCUUCUGGCACGAGGUGAAUUUUGUGGCACAGGAAAACCAUGCAGUCAUCAGUAUUGAUGAUGUGGAGGGGGCAGAGGUCAGAGUCUCAUCCCCCCUGCUGAUCCGUACAGGGACUUCGUACUUCUUUGGAGGUUGUCCCAAACCAGCCAGUCGAUGGGGCUGCCACUCCAACCAGACGGCAUUCCAUGGCUGCAUGGAGCUGCUGAAGGUGGAUGGUCAACUGGUCAACCUGACUCUGGUGGAGUUUCGGCGGCUUGGAUAUUUUGCUGAGGUCCUCUUUGACACAUGUGGCAUCACCGAUAGGUGUAGCCCUAACAUGUGUGAACAUGAUGGACGCUGCUACCAGUCUUGGGAUGACUUCAUAUGCUACUGUGAACUGACUGGCUACAAAGGGGAGACCUGUCACCAACCAUUGUAUAAGGAAUCCUGUGAGGCUUAUCGACUCAGUGGAAAAACUUCUGGAAACUUCACCAUUGAUCCUGAUGGCAGUGGCCCCCUGAAGCCUUUUGUAGUGUACUGUGAUAUCCGAGAGAACCGAGCAUGGACAGUUGUGCGACAUGACAGGCUGUGGACAACUCGGGUAACAGGUUCCAGCAUGGAGCGGCCCUUCCUAGGGGCUGUCCAGUACUGGAAUGCAUCAUGGGAGGAAGUCAGCGCUCUAGCCAACGCUUCCCAGCACUGUGAGCAGUGGAUCGAGUUCUCCUGCUAUAAUUCCCGGCUGCUCAACACUGCAGGAGGCUACCCCUACAGCUUUUGGAUUGGCCGAAAUGAGGAGCAGCACUUCUACUGGGGAGGCUCGCAGCCUGGGAUCCAGCGCUGUGCCUGUGGAUUGGACCGGAGCUGUGUGGACCCUGCCCUGCACUGCAAUUGUGAUGCUGACCAGCCCCAGUGGAGAACUGACAAGGGGCUGCUGACUUUUGUGGACCAUCUGCCUGUCACUCAGGUGGUGGUGGGGGAUACGAACCGCUCCAGUUCAGAGGCCCAGUUCUUCCUGAGGCCUCUGCGUUGCUAUGGCGACCGAAACUCCUGGAACACCAUUUCCUUCCACACGGGGGCUGCACUACGCUUCCCCCCAAUCCGUGCCAACCACAGUCUCGACGUCUCCUUCUACUUCAGGACCUCGGCUCCCUCAGGAGUUUUCCUAGAGAAUAUGGGGGGCCGUUAUUGCCAGUGGCGUCGACCUUACGUGCGGGUGGAACUCAACACAUCCCGGGAUGUGGUCUUCGCCUUUGAUGUGGGGAAUGGGGAUGAGAACUUGACGGUACACUCGGAUGACUUUGAGUUUAAUGAUGAUGAAUGGCACCUGGUCCGGGCUGAAAUCAACGUGAAGCAGGCCCGGCUUCGAGUGGAUCACCGGCCCUGGGUGGUGCGGCCCAUGCCACUGCAGACCUACAUCUGGCUGGAGUAUGACCAGCCCCUCUAUGUUGGAUCUGCGGAACUUAAGAGGCGCCCCUUUGUGGGCUGCUUGAGGGCCAUGCGUCUGAAUGGAGUGACUCUGAACCUGGAGGGCCGUGCUAAUGCCUCUGAGGGUACUUCUCCCAACUGCACAGGCCACUGCGCCCACCCUCGGUUCCCCUGUUUCCAUGGAGGCCGCUGUGUGGAGCGCUACAGCUAUUACACAUGUGACUGUGACCUCACAGCUUUUGAUGGGCCAUAUUGCAACCACGACAUCGGCGGUUUCUUUGAGCCAGGCACCUGGAUGCGCUAUAACCUACAGUCAGCUCUGCGCUCUGCAGCCCGGGAAUUUUCCCACAUGCUGAGCCGGCCAGUGCCAGGCUAUGAGCCUGGCUAUAUCCCUGGUUAUGACACUCCCGGUUAUGUGCCCGGCUACCAUGGCCCUGGGUACCGCCUGCCUGACUACCCCAGGCCUGGCCGGCCUGUGCCAGGUUACCGGGGGCCUGUCUACAACGUCACAGGGGAGGAGGUCUCCUUCAGCUUCAGCACUGACUCUGCCCCUGCAGUCCUGCUUUACGUCAGCUCCUUUGUGCGUGACUACAUGGCUGUGCUCAUCAAGGAAGAUGGGACCCUGCAGCUGAGAUAUCAACUGGGCACUAGUCCCUAUGUUUACCAGCUAACCACCCGGCCAGUUACUGAUGGCCAGCCCCACAGUGUCAAUAUUACCCGGGUCUACCGCAACCUCUUCAUCCAGGUGGACUACUUCCCGCUGACAGAACAGAAGUUCUCUCUGCUGGUAGACAGCCAGCUGGACUCGCCUAAAGCCUUGUAUCUAGGACGUGUGAUGGAGACGGGUGUAAUUGACCCAGAGAUCCAGCGUUACAACACCCCAGGUUUCUCAGGCUGCCUGUCUGGUGUUCGAUUCAACAAUGUGGCUCCACUCAAGACCCAUUUCCGAGCUCCUCGGCCCAUGACCGCUGAGCUAGCAGAGGCCCUUCGAGUUCAGGGAGAACUGUCCGAAUCUAACUGUGGAGCUAUGCCACGCCUUGUCUCAGAGGUGCCACCUGAGCUUGAUCCCUGGUAUCUGCCCCCAGACUUCCCGUACUACCAUGAUGAUGGAUGGGUCGCCAUACUUUUAGGCUUUUUGGUGGCUUUCCUGCUGCUGGGGCUGGUGGGAAUGUUGGUGCUCUUCUAUCUGCAAAAUCAUCGCUACAAGGGCUCCUAUCACACCAAUGAGCCCAAGGCCACCCAUGAUUACCAUUCUGGCAGCAAACCUCCCCUCCCUACUUCGGGCCCUGCCCAGGCUCCCACCCCCACACCAGCUCCCACCCAAGUUCCAGCCCCUGCCCCUGCCCCUGCCCCUGCCCCUGCCUCUGGUCCAGGCCCCCGGGACCAGAACCUACCCCAGAUCUUGGAAGAAUCCAGAUCUGAAUGAAUCAGGAGAAGGGCUUCAGGGGCCAAGUCCAACUCCUCUGGAUUCCCCAAUUCCUGUCUCUCCCCCACCCUAUCAGGGACAUUUGGCUCCUCUUAGCUGGCUCUGCUCAUCCAGAGGAUACCCCUCCUGCCAAGUUUGGUGGGCAGAGCUACAUAUGGGACCAAAGGGAGUGGCCAAGCCUCACUGCCUAAACCAAUGCCCUGCUCAUUUGUUUCCCCAGGUCCCUGGUGUUUGCUUGCUCCAAAAGAGAAGCCUCAUGGGGUUGAGAUAGGCCCUUCCUGCCAUUUCUGUCCCAGCCCUUGCCAGGGAUUAACAACAGAGUGUAGGGGAGAUUAGCGGCCUCCCAUCCAUGUACAUUAUCAGCAGGGACAGAUGUGUAGAAUCACAGGGCUGUACAGGGCACGAGGGGGGGGGAAGGAGGCUGCUACAACAUCCCCCAGCCUGCCCCCUGCCCUGCAGAAAGUCUUCCAUCUGCUUCCUCUCAGCUGGGGGUGAGGAGGGCUUCACUGCCGUCCUCCACCCCUCUUUUUGUUUUUACACAGAGACCAAGAGGCCUCAGUUUAGCACCUUAGUACCUCCGCUGCUUCACAUGCUUUAGCCAAAGCCAUAAAAACCCUUGCAGUCAAUGUAGAGAAAAUAAUGCAGACACCCUGCCUACCCAGUUCUCUGCUUUUCUAUCCUUUUCCAAGAUAUGCAAUAGCCUUGGUGCCUGUCCACGGCUCGGCCCCCUCUCCAAUGCAUGAGGAGCCCUCUUUCCUUCGCUCAAAGAUGCUUCUUUGUUUGCCCAGGAGGUCAUAUUCUUUAUAUAUAUUUUUUGUUGCAAAGUCUCUCUCUAGAGGAACUCUAUAUUAUUCUAAUUUUUUAAAAUUAUCUGUUUAUAUAUAAAAGAAAAAUUCAGUCGGCUGUCCUGUCCUGUGCUGUGCUGUGCCCACAGUUCGUAGUGAGCGUCUCCUGUGUCAGAUGUCUCAUGAGUGCGGCUGGUCACUCACAGGCCGCUCUCUGGCCUCCACUCUGAAGCAGGGCGGAGCCAGCUGUGCCCUUGACUACGUGCCAGUCCAAUAAAGCAGAGUGGCAGAGCCCCA